CAGGCGUGUUGCGAUCAGUUGUGGGCAGCCAGCCCAACCGACCACAACACCCUCGGCCUAUGACGUUCACCCCGAGGUAGUAUUUGAUCAACAGGUAGUCAUCUUCCAGCAUGAUGGCGCAGCAGGGUGCGAUGCUGGCUGCCGUAGUUCUGCUGGUGCUGUUGCCGCUCGCCCUGUCCUGCCCGUGCCCGCCUAUACCCGCCUCCAAAGUGUGCGGAUCGGACCACCACACUUAUGAUAGCCAGUGCCUCCUGCUCUGCGCUGCAGUUUCCGGCCUCUCCGUGAUCCACCACGGGCCGUGCACCCCCGUGGAGACCGCCCUGGGCCGCUUGUUCAAUGCAACCCAGCUGGCUGCCGGGCCCGCCCAUCCACCAGAUGGCCAAAGCAGCUGGGAAGAGUGGUGGACCUAUGACGGAAUUUCGGGUCCCGGUUUCUGGGGGCUCAUCAACCCUCAAUGGGGCCUGUGCAGCAAGGGCCGCCGCCAGUCCCCCGUCGACAUCCAGGCCGACAAGCUGCUGUUCGACCCCCGACUCCGGCCACUCCACAUCGACAAGCACAAGAUCAGCGGGACUCUCGCCAACACAGGACAGUCCCUGGUGCUGCGCGUCGACCAGGACUCCAAGCACCACGUGAACAUCUCGGGCGGCCCGCUCGCCUACCGCUACCAGCUGCAGGAGGGCUACAUCCACUACGGCACGCACGACGGCCACGGCUCGGAGCACACCGUGCAAGGCCAGACCUUCCCGGGAGAGAUCCAGCUGUACGGCUUCAACGCCGAGCUGUACCACAACAUGUCGGAGGCGCAGCACAAGGCGCAGGGCAUCGUGGCCAUCUCCCUCAUGCUGCAGAUUGGAGAAACACCGACCCCCGAGUUGAGGCUCAUUACAUCGGUUUUCAACAAAGUUCACCAUCGAGGUCAGGCCACGCCGAUCCGUCAGCUGUCGGUGCGUGCGCUCCUGCCUGAAACGGACCACUACAUGACGUACGAGGGCAGCACCACACACCCCGGCUGCUGGGAGACCACCGUCUGGAUCAUCAUCAACAAGCCCAUCUACAUCACCAGACAGGAGCUGUACGCGCUGCGCAAGCUGAUGCAGGGAUCGCCCGAAACCCCCAAGGCCCCGCUGGGGAACAACGCCCGUCCGCUGCAGCCCCUGCACCAUCGUACCGUGAGGACUAACAUUGACUUCUUCAAGGCGCAGGGAAAGAACUGCCCGACCAUGUACCGGGACAUGCACUACAAGGCCAACUCCUGGGCAGAAAAUGAAAUUUUGUAAAAGAAGUCAAGAAAAUAACUCCUGCCGACAAGAAGCUGACUAUAUCAGCCGGUUGCUGCGUAGUUCUUCCUAAAAGAAAAAAUGCGAACUAAUUCUAGAACGAUACAUAUCAAAUUUCGUGCUGAAAACGCUCAACAAAGUGACAUAUCAUUUUAUCUCCCUCUAGGGCCGCAGGUUCGUGAUAACCUCCGGCCAUUUAUUGGCGUGUAGAGAGCCAGACUGUCCAUUUAUUCAAUGACGUUUGUAUCAUAAGCUAUCGUGAUAGAGAACUGCUGAUGUUUUUUGUCAGCUGGAAAUCGUUCCUAUAUGUGUAGAACUGCCUUUGUAAAUAUAUAUAGAUCGUUACUGUU